AUGGCCGCGCGAAUAGUGGGGCGUUCGUUUCGACUUGUCGCGGACGGCUCCUUGGAGGCGCAGUUGGCAAGCGACGGUAAGGACUAUCGGUUCCCGGCCACACAACAACUUUACAACGACAAGAUGGCUGACGUGUUGCCCUCGGACGAGAAGACAAAGAAAAACAUUAAAUAUAUCAAAAAAGACGAAGGUUUCAUCAAAGAAAAUCCUUAUUAUAGUGAUUUAUACGAACGCACACAUCGGGAAUCCAUUGAAAAACCCGAGGAAUUCUGGGGGAAGUUAGGAAAACUCAUAAAAUGGUCCAAACCAUGGUCUAAAGUCCUGGAUAACUCCAAUGAACCAUUUACAAAAUGGUUCGUCGGAGGUGAAUUAAACGCAUGUUACAACACUGUGGAUCGUCACGUGGAGGAUGGUAAUGGGUCAAAGGUGGCCCUCAUCCAUGACAGCCCACUUACACACUCAGUUCGCAAGAUUACCUAUGCUGAAUUACUCGACAAAGUGUCACAUUUAGCCGGAGGGUUCGCUGCGUUAGGGGUGAAGAAGGGUGACAAUGUCCUGAUCUAUAUGCCGUUGAUCCCGGAGGCCAUUAUUGCAAUGUUGGCUACUGCACGUUUAGGCGCUGUGCAUUCAGUUGUCUUCGGAGGUUUCGCUGCUAGGGAAUUAUGCUCACGAAUUGAACACUGCGAACCCAAAUUGAUCGUGGCUGCUAGCUGUGGACUGGAACCACAUCGUAUCAUUAGGUAUAAGGAUAUACUCAACGAAGCGAUUGAAUGGGCCUCGUACAAACCGGAAAAGUGUGUGAUUUUCCAGCGUAGGAACUUGGAGAUAGCUCCGUUGGAUGUGGAGAUGGAUAUUUUAUGGGAGGAUGUUUUAAAAUUAGCAGGACCACAUAAAUGUGUCCCUGUGGAAGCGAAUGACCCUUUGUAUAUUUUAUACACUUCCGGGACUACUGAUCAUCCUAAAGGUGUCCAGAGACCAGUCGGCGGCCAUCUUGCAACUCUUUACUGGACAAUGUCGUCCAUCUACGGCAUGAAACAAGAUGACGUCUGGUGGGCAGCUAGUGAUUUAGGCUGGGUCGUCGGCCAUUCCUAUAUUUGUUACGGGCCAUUACUCUAUGGUAUCACCAGUGUCAUGUAUGAAGGUAAACCGGACCGCACACCAGAUCCGGGACAGUAUUUCAGAAUCAUCGAUGAGCACAAGGUGAAUGCAUUGUUCACGGUCCCCACGUCCUUCCGAGUGAUAAAAAGGGAAGACCCUAACAUAUCCUUCGGGGCCGGGUAUUCCCUGAAGUCCCUGCAGAGGAUUUUCGUCGCUGGGGAACACUGUGACUAUGAUACCAAGUCCUGGGUGGAGGCGACAUUCCGUGUGCCGGUUUUGAAUCAUUGGUGGCAGACUGAGACCGGUCAUAGCAUAACGGCGACCUGCGUCGGCCUCGGACACAAUCUGCAUCCGCCAAAGUAUACAGCUGGCAUGCCCUUUCCAGGAUAUGACGUGCGUGUGCUGGCUGAGAAUGGCGACGAAUGCAAGCCGCAUGAAUUGGGACGCAUCGUGGUCAAAUUACCAUUACCACCGGGUACCAUGACAACGCUAUACCAAUCCCCUGAGCGGUUCUGUAAAGUCUACUUCCGGAAGUACCCUGGGUACUAUGACACAAUGGACGCUGGAUUCAUAGAUGAGUUUGGUUAUGUCUAUGUGACAGCACGUGAUGAUGAUGUGAUCAAUGUAGCAGGUCACAGAAUAGCCACAUCCGCCAUUGAGGACGUGGUUCUUUCACAUCCGGAUAUUGUGGAUGCCACAGUCGUGGGUGUACCGGAACCUACAAAGGGCGAGGUGCCUUUGUGUUUAUUUGUACUCAAAAAGAAUUCGCGUAAAAACGAAGAAACCGUCGUGAAUGACCUGAUUGUAAUGGUGCGUGACCUCAUUGGACCAAUUGCAUCCUUCAAACUUGCUGUGGCUGUCCGUGGACUGCCCAGGACACGAUCGGGGAAAACGUGCAGAAAGUCCAUUGCGGAUUUAGCACGUAACAAACAAGUCAAAAUUUCCGGUACCGUGGAGGACCCCACAGUGUACAAGGAUAUAAAAAUCACCCUGCAACGAAUUGGAUACGCACGUACAGCCCCAGAUCCCCAGUGAGACAGCCAAUCACCGUUAGUAAUACACUUAUAUAAUUCUAACCUUCAAAUCUUAGUCAACUGUAAUAUAGGUUAUGUUUACAUUAACAAUGUAGGAACAGGUACUCAUCGCUGAUGAGUAUAUUUAUUAACUAGAUAAUAAAUAACUACUAAACUAAAA